CAAUUAUUUUAAUAUCUUGCAAAUUUCACUAAGACUAUAUGUGCAUAGCAUGCUUCGUUAAACAGCACUCACAAUUGACUUAAUCGCCUUGUAGGGGACUUCGAAUUAUGAUCUCGUUUGGAGCCUCCGUGUAAACUCGCUUCUGUUGAGUGGUUAAUACCAGCACUCUCGAUUUGAACGUUUCACAAGGGCUUAUGGUAAAGCAUUUAAUCGUAUUCCAGCCAUUCUCACGAACGAUUUACGUUGCCUUCAACUGUGUAUAUUUUUGUAUCGGUAAAUCUACUUAAAAUGAAGUGGAAUAGACGUAUCGUGUGGCGUUUAAUAAUACUUUUAAGUGUGUUUGUGUUAUUAUCCGAGCCAGUGUCGACGAGGAUAUCAAAAACUCGCUCAAAACGUAAGGAACACAAGAAAAGGCAUUCGAUGUACAAAUUGAACCUUCGCAAAGUCUAUGUGCGGAAUGCGAAAUGGGUAAACGCUAGCUGUCUGGGUGAGUUUAUGUUUUACGUUAAUAAUAUUAUAUUAUCUUGGCUUAGAAUGUAGCAAGAUUAUUUAAGUUUGUGCUGUAAUAAUUCUAUGACAAGUAUUUUAAAUUAAGCGUUCGCAAAAGCCAAAUGGAACUUAUUAUAAAAUUCUUAUAAAUGUAUCAAUUAGCCUUCUAUGUUACCAGUCUCUGCGGGACUCUAUAACCUAUCCUUUUGCAUUAAAAGCUUACAAGAGAUAAGGUAAACUGGUAGACAUUGUUUUGUUUAAGUCUACUAUGCCAUGGGUAUAAUAUUUCAUUUUCAAAACAACAAAAUUACGCGAGUAUUUGUCCGGUUUCAAUGUGUUUACUUUGAAAACACGCACACGAAAAUUCUACAUAAACUUAUGCCCUCCGUACAAUCUAAGCCGAAAUUACAUUGGUACUUUAAAGUUUGUAGGAAAGUUCCCAAGGCAUAACCUAAGCUAAAUCCUGUUAUAAGUUUCAAGAAAAUUUGCGAUCAUUCAUCACUUCAUCGGCACCCUUCCUGUGAAGGCCAAUUGCUUGCAACUGUCACUAAUUUGUAAUAAAUCCUAAUGGUUCUUUCCUGUGCGGUUUAAGACCCUUGAAACUUGCCAAAUUUCUAAACUAAACCUCUUGAAUGGGUACAAGAAAAUAGUGUGAAUGCUAGUGAUAUAUGCGUCUUGUAUUUUCGGAAACUAUAAAUACAGUAAAAUUAUGGCCUCCUUCAUCGAAAAACGCCAAAUUCGUUCAGCUUAUAUACAAAUGAUGCUGUGCGAUGUAUGAUUUUAAUUUAGAAAGAUAGUUUCUCAUGCAUCAUGGCAUAUCUAGAUUACGAGAUUAUAUUUGACUAAUUUGAGUAUGCUAAAUAUCGAACGAAAAACAUAUUUCAGAGUAUUUCAUACACAAAUUUUAAAGUCGAUCAAAUUAAAAAGUUGCAAAUUGUUACAAUUUUUGUUGCGCAACGCGCUGCAUAUGUUGCAAUUUGCUCGUGAAGAAUUUUUGAUGCGGAAUAAAGAUGUUAAUUUAUAUUCAUUUAAUGCAAAGAAUUUUAUUCUCGAAUGGAUUGCUCAUUUUGAGCUCGAGUGAGUUGCUCAACUUUUUUGAAUUUCCUGACUGUAUAGAGUUCCCUAUAAACCCUGUUGUUGGGCCAACAAUAUCGGCGAUGUCGGCACAAUGCUGAAUGAAAAUUUUAAACAUUGUUAAACCCAAUCCAAUAGCAAUGAACAUGCAUGGUUUUCAAACGAGGCUAGCAACGUUGGACUAAAAUGUUGCCUCGCUUAAAGGGGCCUUAAGAGUCGUACGACUUAUACAAUGACGUUUAAUAAAGCUAAGACGAGGCAAACAAGCGCUGAAGGUGAUAUAUUACACAGUAUAAUUGAAUACAAGCGACGUGUGGUAUUUGCGCUUUAUAUGAAAUACAAUACCAGGAGCUUAGCAUGUUUGUAUGAGAACAGGCAAACAUAAUGAAGAAGCCAUAUGUGGCAAACGCGUGUUGUUUCGCGUAUUUGUUUAAAAUUUCACACAUUGCCAAGUUACUUGCGCGUAGGUCUAAAAUACAGACAUUCAACUCCUCCCAUUGGAAUUGCAGGAUUAGAUCAUUUUAGGAUCAAAAACUCCAAUCUGAUCCCUCGUUUCAGUCUGUAAAUGUUUGCGAUUAAUUGAGUUCGGGGUUAAAUUACGGCGUUAUUGAGAGAAUAUUUCAGUAAUGACUGCAUUAUUAAUCUGCGGCUAAAACGGUACAAUGUGUGUGCGCAAAGUUUUUCCAUACGUGCAUUUUUUCACCGAAUAAAAUCACAUAUAACUAAGCCUUGAGGCUGAGUAGGGAUUUUGCAUAGGUAAAUUCUUGAGUUUUUGAAGGAUUUGUAUAAGAAAUGUUGAGGGAAUUAACUGGCUCAGUGUUUAACAUUGAGUGUGUUGCCUCAAACAUGUUUACAAAUCUUUCAAAACUUAGAAUUUACCUGUAUAAAGUUCCUACUGGGAUCACAGAAACUUUGAUAGUCUAAACCAGCCUUUAGUUUAUACUGAUGGAAUCUUUGAUCAAAAAUUUCAACCGCUUCUAAAACUUCUGCAGACAUCUAGCUAGUAUAAGGUAUGAUAACCUUUGUAGUUUCACAGCUGAAAACAAUUUGUGUGAUUCACAUAUCACGUCUAUGUCACAUUCACAAAUUUGUAAAAUACCACAAUAAGCGUGCGUGUGAAGCAAAAUACAGUGGAUUUCUACGAAUAGCAGGAUCAGUUUCACAAUCAAACCUCCAGCAGUCCAGAUCUUGGAAAAACAGUUUAGAUCUGGUAGAGCUAUAUCCAGUAUCAAAUAAAGUUAGUUUAGUUUAGGUUUUCUCCUGUAGUAACACUGUCACUGGAUCAAUAUAAAGAGAUGAUCCUUACUGGACCUCUAGGAAGAACAGUUUAGAACUGAUAGAGUUAUCCAGUAUAAAUAAAGUUAGUUUAGAUUAGGUUUCUUCCUGUAGUAACACUGGAUCAAUAAGAGAUAUCUUUACUGGACCUCUACAGAGAACAGUUUAGAACUGAUAGAGCUAUCCAGUAUAAAUAAAGUUAGUUUAGUUUAGGUUUCCUCCUGUAGUAACACUGGAUGAAUAUAAAGAGAUGAUCCUUACAGCUUACUGGACCUCUAGGAAGAACAGUUUAGAACUGGUAGAGCCAUCCAGUAGUUUAGUUUAUAGGUUUCCUCGUGUAUAGUAAUCUGGUACAACACUGGACAAAUAAGUCCUAAAAGUGUUUGCUCUGGGCUUCGAGGGCAGUUUAAAGAGUCGAUAGAAAUUAUAGUUCAAUUUAGGUUUCGAUUAAUAACUUUCGUAAGACUUCACAAAUUGUAUAUAGUUGUGCUAUAACGAAAGUGUAACAAUUGGUUAAUUAGAAUAUUCAAAGCAUUGUCAUUCUUGGGGAGCGGUCAUUAAGUAGUUAAAAGUUAUAGGAAGCUAUUGUAAGAUUUUGGAAAAUGUUUCAGUUCUACCCCACAUGAGAAUUUCAAAUUUUGUUUGAUACCGCACAGAUUUUUUGAAAAAGAUUUCAUACCCCACCUUAGAAACGAAGGUAAAGCAAAAACAUUAUUUUGGAAGCUUGUUAUUAAUAUUGCUAAUGAAAAGAGUAUAACUAUAAACUAUUCCUGUUUCAAGAGUAUUUACCAGCAAAAAUAUUUAUUCCAAAUUACCCUGAUGGGGUGAAAGUGGCUAUGAUGUGAGUUAUAUCAUAGAGAGAGAAGAAUCGAAGUGGAAUUUUUGGUUUGGUAUCCCUCUGUUUUUAUCUCAAAAUCGAGACCCCCUCGAACAAGAAGAAAUCCAUUGCAUCCCAAGAAUUUCUUUAUUAAAGACUUCAAACUUAGACAACUAUUUAGUAAUUGCUAAGACGUGAUAAAGCCCACAACAUUUUUUUUAAAAGAUAUUCUUUGUUUUUAACAAAACAGUCAGCCUUGCGUUCUGCUAGACUUUGACUUUGGUUAGUUCAAAAUGUACCAAUCUUCUGUAAUUUCUAACAAUUGCGUUUCUGGAUUUGGUCUUAAUUUGGCUAGCCGCAAGAUAAAUUGUUUGUAAAAUAUAUAAGUGCUUUUUAACUCUUGAAACACUACAAUGAUAUUGCAUGUGUUAUGAUUAAAGCUAAGUAUCUUCAUUAAAAAUAAUGACCCUGCUAUUUUGGUUUAAGUGUAUAUAAAUUUUUUAAUAUCAAUAAUUAGCCUUUUCUUCCUAGAGGGCAAACUAUAAAAGUUCUUUUUCGACAUCUUAAAUCGAGUAUGGCCUUAAAUAGUUUCGAGACUUAUCGAAUGCCGUAAUUCGUGCUUUCGCAGACAUCAAGAUAAAGACCGAAUCAAACGCGUGCGAUAAGAUAUGCGCACUGAAUCCUAGCAACAAAAAGACAUUUUUAGACUUUAUGACCUUUGACUGUCAAACAAAAUUAAGAGUGAAGUUUAGAAUGUAAACAGUAACAUAGCCGCUGGGCAAAUAUUAAACACUCGGGCUACUGUCAUUCGCAAAGUACUGAGCCUUAUGUGUGCAUUGCAUAUAUAAUCUUGGUCUUGCGGUUAACCCCUAUAACAGACCCUUAAUUCUACCCUAGCUAUGCUCCGUGGUCAGACAUGAGUCAUAAUAUGGUAGCCAGAGGCUUCCUUGGAAAGCCUUUGGCCUCCAUCUUUCUCAAGAUUCAGUUUAGCUCUCAACAGAGAAAAAACCGAGGAAAAAACUUAAAAACUCGUCGAAAAAGGAAGAAAUACGUCAAUAUGUCAAAUGAAAUAUGUCAAAAGUAUGUCUAAUUCGGUCUUAUUUGUGUCUCGAAAAUUUCAGUUCGCCUCUAGCGAGCGUCCCCUCCCCCCCGUCGACAGAAAUUAUGGGAAGUUUAUGGCGCAAAAGUUUUGUCAACGUCGCGUUUUUGUCUGCUACCCUAGGAAUGUUGCAUACGUAUAAAUUGUAGAUUUUGAAGGAUUUGUAAGAAAUUAAACACCAAGUUAGUUUCCUCAAACAUUUCUUGCAAAUAUUUCAAAACUUAAAAUUUACCUAUGCAAAAUUCCCACUGUGAUGACAGAAACGUUGAUAGUGUAAAACCAGACUUAAGACUAUUGAUGCAUCAGACGGAUCUCGAUAAUAAAUGAACCAAAGCACUUCUGACCACGCUGCAAUUUUCUUCCCUUUCUAGAUGGUUCGGACGCGGCAUUCUAUAUCAGUCGCAAUCGUAAGAAUCGCAACUGGGUGAUACGACUUCAAGCGGGAGGGUCUUGUGUCUUGUUUUCAGAAUGUUACGAUAGAAAAACAACAGCAUUUGGUUCAUCAAAAUAUCUUCAGAACUCCAUCACUGGCACAUUCCUCAUUUCAGACGAUCCGAACAUUAACCCUACGUUUAAUAAAUGGAAUAAAGUUUUCAUUCCGUAUUGCAGGUGAACUAUGUUAACUUUGUUGGCACCGAAUAGCUCUAUCAGUUAUAAACUGUUCCUCGUAGAGGUCCAGUAAGGAUCAUCUCUUAUUGAUCCAGUGUUGCACCUAAACUAAACUAACUUUAUUUAUGUUGGAUAGCUCUAUCAGUUAUAAACUGUUCCUCCUAGAGGUCCAUAGUAAGGAUCAUCUCUUAUUGAUCCAGUGUUACUACAGGAGGAAACCUAAACUCAACUAACUUUAUUUAUAUUGGAUAGCUAUAUCAGUUCUAAACUGUUCUUCCUAUAAGAAUCAUCUCUUAUUGAUCCAGUGUUACUACAAGAGGAAACCUAAACUAAACUAACUUUAUUUAUACUGGAUAGCUCUAUCAGUUCUAAACUGUUCUCCCUAGAGAUCCAGUAAGAGUUAUCUCUUAUUGAUCCAGUGUUACUACAGGAGCAAACCUAAACCAAACUAACUUUAUUCAUACUGGAUAACUCCAUCGGUUCUACACUGUUCUCCGCAGAAGUCGAGUAAGGAUCGUCUCUAAUUGAUCCAGUGCUACUGUAGGAUUUAUUUAUACUGGACAGCUCUAUCAGUUUUAAAUGUUCUCUCUACAGGUCUAGUAAGGGACACUUCCUUAUUCGGGUAACGGUCGCUUAUUACCUUAACUUACGCUUUUGAUAGAGUCAAACUGGAAGCGCUCUUCUCAGAGCAAGUGCCGUAAAAUUGUCAUAAAAAACUGCAUAUUACAGGAUCGAAACUGGGUCACAUAGACAUACUCUGACCAAGGCACAUUGCAUUUAAAAACUAUAUUAUUUUCAUGUAGUGGGGAUCUGUUUGUUGGAAGAAAACACGCAAGAGAUCACGGAUUCGGCCUACCUAUGUUGGGACAUUACAUAGUCACAAGUGUCGUGAGACAACUUAUUCAAGAUUACAGGAUUAAUACGAAACAUACCAAGGUACGAUGUCACCCUGUUGUCAGCAGGCACUAGCUAGUCUUUUGAACCAGGCAGUAAUAUACGAAAGUGAGAAUUGAUUAAAGUUUUUUUCUCAGUAAUAUAUCUAUAGCCAACUCUCGAUCCGCAUGCAACUCUUGUUCUCCAUGUGAGAAUUGAGAAAACUCUCAUGCAAACAUUCGCCUGCCAACACUGUAAGGAGUUGAAGUCAACUCCAACUUCGUUAUUCUGCCACAAAAAAAAGGUGACAGAUUAGCAAUUAUUAAACCCAUUUUGGAGUUGAUUUCUGGAAAUUUACAGUGAAACGCAUUGGACGAGAAAUUACAGUAGAAAAAGUUUGUCUUUUGCUGAAUACGUAUAAUUAGCCCAUUCACGCCCCAUUGUACAUUCUAUGCACGAUAUAUAACUGAAUUAUCUGACUUAGGAAUAUUCUCUCUCUGAGUGCCCUCUAGUACUAAAUUCCACGUUUUAUAUUCACCAGAUUCUGUUCGGUGGUGCAUCUGCUGGUGGGAUUGGAAUGCUCAGUAAUAUUGACCAUGUUGCUAAAAUGGUUAGACCCGCGAGGGUCCUGGGUUACAAUGAUGGUGGCUGGUUCACAUUGUACCGAAACUAUCUCGAACCAAGUGGAUCUGGCGCUCCUGAAUUUUUGAGCACGCUACGUUAUGUAAGAUUGAUUUGUUUUUGUAUAUACUUUCGUUUAGCCGAUCGUCUUUUAGAAGUUACCUUAAGCCUGUUUUCAUAUGGUUGCGUAACGGUUGUAAAGAUAGAUUAACGAUCUUUCUCAAGGGCAAGAUUAUAAAAGUUUUUACCUAUAAACCACAUAUAAAUCAUAAGUAUUCUCUAAUUAUGAUCAUUCUGCCUAUUUUCAGUUCUAAACUGUUGUAUUUCAGCUGUUGGGAAAGAUCAUGACUCAAUCUUUAUUCGCGGCGCCCGUUACGACCAUAAGAGAACCAAGCUUUAUACAAGUCAAAUUGAAGUGAAUUAACAUCGGUAUAUACUCCAAUUGAAUCGGUAAAUUAACAUCGGUAUAUUCUAAUUUACUGGUUAACUGAUUUAACCAUAGUAAUUUGAUCACUAUGGUUAAUAAUUAACCAUGUCAUGUUUAAUACUGGGAUCAUGAUAAUUGACAAGGAAUCCGGGUCGAAUUAUCUAGGGCUAUGAUCAAAUUAACCAGGACUGUGGUUAAAUUAACCAGAAAAUGUAAGCAGGGACAUUAAUUUACUCCAAACAGUGUUAAUUUUAGAUUGAUAGAAAAUGUUUAAUUCCCUCCAGGGGCACUGCUUGCAGAGUACAACAAAAUAUUCAUUGUCUUGAGUGUAAUGUCAGACUGAAUACAAAACUAGUCUGUCUAUAUCUCUGAAGAUGCCGGUUUGAAUUGUUUUGUUUAGCUUUUUAAGAAUUAUUGGGAUGGUUUCGUCGACGAGUCAUGCCGGGCGCAAAUGCCUCAACCUGCCGCCUGUCUAUAUGGAGAAAUGGGUAAGAAUGUGUUCAAUAAGGUUGCACAUUUUCUGUGCAUGUGUUCGGCUGAAGUAUAACACUAGCGUCCAUUUUUUAACUCGCCAUUUAUUAAAAAAAUCCUCAAAACCUACAAUAUAAUAAAGCGACUGCUUCGCAUGCUAGUAUAACACUGGAUCAAUAAGAGAUGAUCCUCCUGGAUCUCUAAGAAGAACAGUUUAGAACUGACAGAGCUAUCCAGUAUAAAUCAGGUCAGUUUACUUUAGGUUUUCUCGUUAUGGUAUCGCUGGAUCAAUACUAUUUGAACCAGUAUAUAAGUAAAAUUAGUUUAGUUUAGGUUUUCUCCUGUAGUAGCACUAUCAUCAUCAAUAAGAGAUGAUCCUUACUGGACCUCUAGGAAGAACAGUUUAGAACUGGAAGAGCUAUCCAGUAUAAUAAGUGAAGUUUUUCGUGGUUACAGUAUAGUCAUCGUUUAAAUUAACAAGCAUCUUUACUCCUGCAGUGAUAAGGUAUCUAUCUACACCGAUCUUUGUGAUGGUCUCCCUGUGGGAUUCGUAUCAGUUAAAGGAACUCAAUCUUGAUAAAUACCGUCCCGUACAUUUGCCACCAUCAUCACACAAAGAGGCUUUGUAUUUAGCGCAGUUUGGGAACAACACGUACAAAUCUAUACGAAGGGUAAGUUUGAAUCGUGUUAUGUUAGACCGCUCGAACCUCACCUGUGGUACUAUAUUUUACUAUACAAUUGUCCUAGGUGCUUAAUUUGUUCCAAAAUAGCAAUUCCUAUACAGAGUAUAUGGAGCUUCUGUGGCGCAGUCCUCAAACUGCAGCGCCUUUCACCUCUGAGUUCGUGGGUUGGAUUCUCGCUACGGACUCACGUGAAAAGAGUCAGUCAACAUUCUGCCGAAAGUCGUGGGUUUUUUUCGGGUGCUCCGGUUUCCUCCCACAGGGAAAGUUGACAGGGUGGGUUAGCGUAAACGCGUAGCCUUAAGAAAGUAAAUACCACAAAUGUUUCAAAAGAUAAAAUAGUCUAGGCUAAGGUCAAAACGGUAUUCUGUUUUUGGCCAUGCAGCGCGCUCGUUAUCUUACGCGCGUUUUGAGAGGAAAUGACAAUGAAAUGCCUGAACAUUUAACAAUUAUUCUAUAGAAAUUAUAAAUGUACUCGCCUUUUCUGUAUAAAUUAAUUAUAUUUGAAAGAAUAUUUAAAAUGAUAUAUAAACUCCUUUACAAUUAUUCCGUAUGUAGCCUGCGUCAAAAUCAAUCAACUUAUUUUGAUCAAAAGCAGUGUGCAUUGUCGAGAACCCAACGGCAGCAAUCUGAGCCUACGUGCAUCCGCCAUCUUGGAUAUGCAUUCGAUAUGGAGGGUGGCAAAGGGGAGGGGGGGGGGGUAUGGAUCACGUUUCACAACGAAAAAAAGCCGUUUAACGAUUCACGUCUCUUAAAAAAGCAAUUUCACGGAAAACUAGAUUCUCAUAAAAUAAUGUAAUAGGUUUAUUAUGACAAUGUUUAAUGCAUGGUACAGUAUCUAUGGUUUGAGUUCUCUCAUUUCUCUAUCUGUCAGUUAAAAACUACAUCAUAACUUACAAGUUUGAGUGCGUGUCUUCAGCGCCAGGAACCUUGUCCUCACCGUCAGGAACCUUGUCCUCACCGCCAGGAACCUUGUCCUCAUUGCCAGGAACCUUGUCCUCACCGCCAGGAACCUUGUCCUCACCGCCAGGAACCUUGUCCUCACCGCCAGGAACCUUGUCCUCACCGUCAGGAACCUUGUCCUCACCGCCAGGAACCUUGUCCUCACCGCCAGGAACCUUGUCCUCACCGCCAGGAACCUUGUCCUCAGCGCCAGGAACCUUGUCCUCAGCGCCAGGAACCUUGUCCUCACUACCAGGAACCUUGUCCUCACCGCCAGGAACCUCACGAAAGGCCUGCGAAGUUUUUACUCUUGUGCAAUCGAGUGAGAUCAUAUAAAUUUGAUUAUCGCGUAUCAUGUUUAUUAUAAUAACCACUAUAAUAAUCACAGUUCACGAAACUGGGAUCCUUAAUUCUCAUUUGACGGAGCAUUUUUAUCAACAAUCACGCCUCACGGCUGCAGAACAAAUCACAUUUCACGACACUAAAUCAAGCAUUUCACUUUUCACACGAACAAAUAGUCACCAUCAGUCACGGCUCACGAAAAACCCUUUUCCACCCGCGAUAUGCAUACGUUACAAGAUGGGUAAAAAGCGAUAUUUUUAUCUUGCAAAGCACAUGUCAUUAUCAAUAUGAAACUCGAUUUUCCGCAGUCUUUUCAGUAGUCAAUUUACUCACAACACUGGAAGAAACCUCUCGAAGAAAUAUUUAAAGAUCAGUUUACGCAGUGUGACCAGACUUUUUCAGCAGUCAUUACCAAAAUUUUGUUCAAAUUUUACUAAAUUAAGAAAAAUGUUACCAAAUGUCGGCUUCCCAAAUAAUUACGUCAUGAUAAUGCCAAAAAACAAUAGUUACGUCAUCAAAGUAGAAAAAAUAUUCACAAAAAGUGUCUCGAAAUACUUGUUGCUUUCAUCGUAUUGCAGUUUUUGCUAAUGAUAAGGCUUUAUUUCUUAGGCUUGGCAGUUCUGUUCAUCAUCACUUUGUGCACGUUAUUAAACAAGAAACACACAUUUUUACCAACUAUUUUUAAUAAUACAAACCUUUCAGAUUUUACCAAAAUUUUACCAAAAGAAACUCAUUACCAAAUUUUCUUGAAAAUUCACGAAAUUUUACCAAAAGUAAAACUUUUUACCAAAUCCGGUUACACUGAGUUUACGCUGCUUGUGACGUCAUCAAAAAUUCGGUCAUUAGAACAAUUAUAAUUCCAAGAUGGCGGAAUGCUCCCUGGCAUGUUUUUGGUCAAAAUAUUUCGAAAACCAAGCAAGGUACGAAAAAGUUGUAAAGGGUCUUCAUAUAUAACUUUAAAAGUUCCUUCAAAGAAGACAAAGUUAAUUUUUAUUGCCGUAUCCCGUUAAUUAAACAGCUAAAACUUGACAUUGUGUGAAAUAUUAUUAAAUUAAAUUCAACUGUUUGUUUUAAUAAUUAGCUCAUCAACAGCAAUCGAUCGGGAGUGUUUUCACCGGCCUGUGUGUCGCACACGUUUGCUGGAGUCAACGAAACAGAAGCAGCUGUUACAAUGAAAUAUAAGAUUGCAGGUGAAAUAUACUUUGGCAAUGGACCUAAUCUUUAACCUUAUAACUAAAAUUUUGAUCUAGACAAGUCUAGACAAAAAUUUCAUCACAGCUUGAAAGAGCAUCACAAAAUUAGUAUUAUUCCAAAGUUUCGUUACUAAAUGUUGUAAAAUGCGGAUAAUAUAGCCUUGCAAAGUUUGCCGUUUUUCAGUCAUUUUGUAUUACGCAUGGGGAAUUGACAGCCCAAUGGGGUGUUGGGGCAUCAAAAUUACUGAAAAUUUCAAAUUUCGCAGGGCUAUAUUAUUUGCAUUUUACAAAAUUUCGCAACAAAACUUCGGAAUAUAACUAAUUUUAUGAUGCUGUUUCAAGCUGUGAUGAAAUAUUUGUCUAGACUUGUCAAGAUCAAAAUUUUAGUUAUAAGGUUAAAGGUCCAUUCUUUUCCAACAUUUUAUCCUAUUGGCAAUAUCAAAUAGACCUUAUGCAUAAUGACGUCACAAGGCUUGAUACUUGCAAGGAAUGCCAAUCUUAGUAGUCAUUGUGCAAAGUAGCAAGAGUGUAACUCAUUGUAUACUGUUUUAUUUUUAGGCGUGACGUCGUACCAAGCGCUCUCCGAAUGGUACAACACACGUGGUAGACAAGGGACCUAUGCAGAUGUCCCUGUGGAGUCGCCUCGCUGUAACCCUACAUGCUGCUCAAAGUAUUGCUUGCGGUGCAGUCGAGCUAGUGAAAUGUUGGUCAUCUCGGGAAAACGACAUACACAUGAUGUUGAGACUCGAAAACAGAAAUUGAAAACAGAAAUUGUUCAAUCUCCAACAACGAUAACAUCAGGUUAGUAUGCAAAGGAUUGCUACCAUGAUGUUUGUGAUGUUACUCUGAGUGUGCAUCCACACCGGGCAAGCUGAAAAGUUAUAGCUUGGCCACAAUGAGGCUUUAUGAGGCUUUACGUUCGUUUACGUGCUUCGGUGCAUGUUAACUAUUAGGAAGUAGUUAAUCAUUUUUAAAGUGACAUUACCAAUAAUUAUAAAAUUUUUAAUUUGUGUUUGUAUGUAUUUACGUAUGUUUGUGGGUGUAUAUAUAUAUAUAUAUAUAUUGUUUGUAGUAUAUAAACGAUUUGUAAUUACCUGCUGAAAAGCCCUUUUGGGAGCAGGCAAUAUUGUAAUAAUAAUAAUAAUAAUAAACCCGCUUAUUCUUCGAAAUAUCAUCAACUUGAACCGACUUGACCACAUAGCUCAGUUGGCAGAGCAUUGGGCUAGUAUCCCAAAGGUCGCGGGUUUGAUUCCCACCAUGGCCAAGCUAACUUUUCAGCUUGCCCGGUGAUACACACUCAGAGUAACAUCACAAACAUCAUAUUCACCUAAGUAAAUAACACCAACAUACAUAAAAUGAUUCCUACCAGUUUAUGAAAAGAAAACUUUUUAGCUUUUAAGCUUUUAUUAAGGGUUAUCUGGUUGGUCCCUUUUUGCAAAGUUUGCACGCCUAGAGUGAGACAUUCUUUCAAUUUUUUAAAAAUCCCUGUGGCCCUGCCGCCCUGGGCCCUUUGUUGAUUCUAGGGUUGCAUAUAUGGCCCCCUUUGCGUUUGACUAAAAUUUAUCACAACAUAUUUUUAUCAGUGGAAAGUAAUUGUUUUGAUGCAAGAAAUGGUUUUCGACAAUUUUCAGAAAGUUCGGAGUAGGCUGAAGCAUGUUUUGAAUAUUCAAAAAAUACCUUUGUCCCCGGUUGUUGACUGUAAUUUUCACGUUCUUCGAAUGUCAUCUGUUUUAGGUGCAGAAAGAUUGCGAACGAUGGCGUUCGUUUAUGGUGUUUUGUUGGUAUUACUGUAGCUCAUGAUGUCUAGCAUUUGGGGAAUGGACAAAGAUUAACGGGUGGCAUCAUUUCAUAACUUUUACCUGGCAGUAAGGUCUGUAAAAUCUACGGUUAUAUUUUGUUCUUGAGUCGUAAUUAUUUAGCCAAAAAAGAUAAAGGCGCAGCAACCAUUGCUCUAUCUCUUUGCCUCUGCUGUUAGGCGUACUUGCGGCCCAUAAAGACAGUGUUUUAUUUGCGUCAUAAAGGAUGAUGUCCACAUCCUAUUAAAUAACAACUCAUCAGCAGUAAGACUAUAAAUGAUUAAUAAGUGGAACUUUAAAUGGUAGUGGAUUUUCGACUUGAUUCUGAUAAUUAUUUUUAAAAAUUCUGAGCAGAAUAAGAAAAGGUUAUAGUGUUUGAGCCAAAAAUUUACUUUUAGAAAGACAGACUAUAAGAAUAAGUACAAAUCAUCGGGCGCUAGAGACUGUUAAGAUAUAAAUUACAUUUCCCCUUAUGUCCUUUAUAACUGUCUUUCUUGUAAAUAAUUUUCGAAGAAAUUCCUGUAUAUAUAAACACUUAUUUAUAUCAACCUGUUUUGUUUACAAAUAGAAAAAAUAUUUUAAAUAAGAUAUUAUUAAUU